UCAAAAGCUGGUAAAACCCAUAUUGUUUCUACACCUCACAACAAUCAGCAAACAUGAAACUGGUUCUGUUCGCUUCCCUGAUGGCCGUGGCCGUCGCCGCGCCCCAAAAUGGCCUGGUAGUGCCUGUAGCCGCUGGACCCGCUCCCGCUCCCGUAUUCGAUGGACCAAUCAUGACUCCCGUCCCUACGCCCGCUUUUAACCCAAUACUCUGCCCACCUUCCGGUAUGCUCCGCAAGGUUGACGUCAGCUCUGCCUGUGCUGGUGUCAUUGCUCCCCAACCCGUCAUUACCGCCCCUGCCGCCCCCUCCCCUAGCAACCCAUCGCCUCUGGUCCAGAUCAUUCUGAACAUCAACCAGGAAGCUUCUGCUGCUCCCGUCGUCGCCCCCGAGCCCGUGCAGGUCGUCGAGACUGCUCCCAUCCCCGUGGAGCCCGUUCAGGUUGUGGAGAUCGCCCCUGAGCCUGUGCAAGUUGUUGACGAGGCCCCCGUGCCGUCUGAACCAAUCAGCAUCGGAGAUCCCAUUCUCCCCGUCCCUGUGGUUCCUCUCCCCGCAGACUUCAACUAAAUAUGUAUUGCAAAAUAUACGCCUUUUUAUAAAGAUAUUGUAUGCAUAGUAAA